AUGUCCCCUCCUCACGCGUCGCCCUGCUCCUCCCUCCCCCCCUACUCCUCUCUUCAUCUCUCUAGUUCGGCCCGAUCCUCUCCCUCCUCUCCGACUCUCUUCUCCUCUCCUCUCCCCCUCUAUCCCCCUCCCCGACACUCCUGCCCCGCUGCCCCCUUGUGCGAGCUUGCCUCGCCCCACUUCCGCCUACGGCGCCCCCGCCCCGCCCACCCGACCCCGCCCUGCCCGGCGCCGCGCGCUUCAGCGCGCCGCAGCCGCCACACCUUGCCCUCCACGCCCCGGGUCCCCCUCCCUCCUCCCGCUCCCAAUCGCCCCCCCGCCGUGCGCGCCUUCCCUCGCGCCGCCGACGCCCCGCAGACCUCGCACCAGCCUCUUCCUCUCUGUCGCCGCAGCGCUACCCUCCCCGCCCCGGCCGCCGGCCCCGCUCCACGCGACAGCGCACCGCACCCCGCUCUUGCCUUCACCGCCCACUCACCGUCUCGGGCACCUGUCCCACCAGCGCACGCGCGCUUACCGAUCUCCCCGCCCCCACCCCCCCCCUCAGCGCGCGCGCCCCCGUACGCGCUACAUGCCGCGCCGCAGCCCCCCCGUUGCGGCGCCCGGCGCUGCCCAAUGCACCCCCCAGACGACGUAGCGCCCUGCGCCAGGCGCGCGCCCCGCUACCCUGCACUCGCCCGCCCCCCCGCCCCCUGCGGCCCUCGACUCGUGCUGCUGUCAAGCCCCACGCGGCCGACCCACGCGCCGCCCCCCGCCCCCAGCGCCACGCCGCGGGCGCUGCCCGCUCCUGCCACCCCGCCACCACCGCAGCUCCAGCCGCCCGCCCGCGCGCCGGCGCCCGCCGCGACCCGCCCGCGCCCGCCCCCCCCGCCGCCCGCCGCGGCACCGCACGCCGCUGCCCCCACGCCGGCCCUCCCCGCCCUUCCGCUGCAGACCCGGCGCGCUCGCGACCCACCGCUGCGGCCGUCUCUCGCUAGACGCCGCCCUAUACGGCGCGGCCGCACGCUCCGCCUCAUGCCGCGCCUGCUAAUUCCCCCCGCGCUUCCCUUCUCACCCAGACGGCGCCGCCCCCGCCCUCCGCACGCCGCUCUCUCCAUCCCGCUUCCGCCGCGCGCGGCCGCGCCGCCUCGCCCGAAGCUGAUCCCUCCCACCCCCUGGCGCCGCCGACGCCCGAUCAUGCCCCCGGCCCUAGCUGGCCAGGCGCGCCGGCGCUUACCUCGCCUCGCGGCUGACCCGCUGCCGGCCCGCGCGCCCGCCGCUGUCGGCAGCCCGCCGCCGGGACUACCCCGCCGCCGAUCCACCCUCCGCGGGCGCCCAGCGUGGCCCGCGUACCCUGUUCGCCGCCCUCGCUCUCCGACCCCGACAGCGCCAUGCGCUGCCCCUGCCGCGCGAGAUCUCUCGCCCGCCACCGCGCCGGACUUCGGCUGCGCCCCGCGCGGCAGGCCCGGCCGCUCGCCCGCGGCGCUCGCGCUCCCCAGCCGCCCCCGCCGCGGCGCCAGACUCCGCGCGCUGGCCCGGCGCACGCGCGCGACUAGCAUCCUUCAAGGCGCCCCGGGGCGCGCCUCGGGAGCGGCCGACGCGCGCGCCGCGGCCCUCCUCCCCGCGCGCGCCGCCGACCCCCCGCGCCGCACCGCCCGCCCACUCUCCUCCGCCGCCUAA